CAGAGGAACACCGUGGAGGCUGCUACACAUAUACAGACUACAGGAAGAGCAACAUGUUCAGGUUACUUCAUCACUGCUUGAUAGCUGCGUUCUUGGCAGCAUCCUUGAUGCUCCUGCCAUUCGACUGUGCUGAGUAUGACUAUAAUCCAACUUCUUUACCAGACUAUGACUACAAUGCUACAUUUGAAUACAGUUUCUACAGCAACAGCAGCACUGAAGACCUGGCUACGUUUUUUAACCGUAUAGAAAAUGAAGAAUUGGAUAUAAGCCACGAAGAUCCAGUAUCCACAGCGACCUCUCCCCGAAACAAGGGCUUUAGGACAGUAUAUCCAAGCUUACUGCUCACACCGAUCCUGGCUGUUUAUCAGCUGCUUAGACUCUCAUAGAACACGCACUGCACAUCAGAAGACACCAUCACACACAAACACACAAGGAAAAAAAAAAAGAAAUACAAAGACAGAAAUGGACAAACAACCUCAACGGAGGACUAGCGACUUGGCAAACGUAGACUCUGAGAAAAAAGAGGCACACAGAUUUAAUCAACAAGCAAAGCGGUCAUCUGAAAAGCAGCUAUAACCUGUUCUAGACUUCCAAAGAUGUAAUGAUGUAAACAGGAGAUACCACAAGACCCCCGUCUUCCGGACAAAGCCAAAACACAUUCAAAAACAGGAUUUAUAAGACACACUGCGCCUAACUGAACAGUUUUGACUCGGGGAUGUCAAAAUUAGCUUAAUCAAGCCAAAUAGGCUUUUAUUACCUUUACACGUGUGCCUUAUGAUGAUGCAAAAGAGAAUCAAAAGACUUGGGCAUCCAGGGAUGAAAAAAUGCAUUAUGGAUUUAUGAAUGUAAAAAAAAAAAAAGAAUGUUAGUUAUGAAUGAAAUUUCUGGUGCUAUUUUAAGGGAACUUUAUAGUAUAUAGUAGACCUAUAUAGUAUAUGCCAUUUUAAUAAGAAAAUGCUGCAAAUAAUGAAACAAGGAUCUGUGACUGUGUGUGCACAUGUGUUGCCUCCACAUUUUGCAUCCUUUAACAUUCGCUCAGAAUCCAGUCUGUUUCUCCCAUGUCAUCUGACAUGGGAAAAAUAUUAUCAGGGCACAAUCAAAUUUCCAAAUCUUAUUUGAUCAUAUUAACACCAUUUAACAUUUUUGAUCGCUUCACUAAAAUGCAUUACUCUACUGCAUUAUAUGACUUCUUUAAACCACUUAUUAUACCCUAAACGGACUCCGAAUUUAUAUGCUUAAAAACAUGGCCACACUGUGAAUGUCGGAGCAGAAAGAACAGGUGCUGAUGAGUCUUAUAUAAUACAUAGCGUACACACAGGCACUUUCCUAAGUAAAUGCACUUCUUUUAUUAGCACCACUUUCUCAGAGCUCCUGAGUGGAUGUAUCCUUACUGAAAAAAAUCACAUACAUGUUACACACAACCAUGAAUAAUUUUUCCCAUGUAAGUAAUACUUUAUGUGACCACAUGCGAAAAACUAAACAAAACAAUAAGAUGCAUUUCACACAUACACUGGAAUUGCACAUUUGACCUCAGGUCCAUGUCGUCCAAUGUGAAUGAUGCAUUCGCAAGUAAAAAACAAGUAGCAUGGGAAAAUAAAUGAAUUUUUUUUUUAAACAGAAAUAACAACAAAACAAUAAAUUAGAAAAAAAAACAUGUAACCUAAUAUGUG